AUGGAAAGAGUGGAUGACGAUUUCGUUGAUCGUCUCCACUAUCUGUACACAUCGACACUGAUGCUCAUGUUCGCCAUAUUAGUGUCAGCCAAGCAGUACGUCGGACAUCCAAUUGAAUGUUUCGUACCCGCACAGUUUACCCGAGCAAUGGAACAAUACACAGAAAACUACUGCUGGGUACAAAACACUUACUGGAUACCCUUUCAGGCGAAAGCACUAGUUCAGGAUCUAAUCCCACAUCGACUGGACGACCGCGAGAGGCGGCAGAUCGGCUACUAUCAGUGGGUUCCGUUUGUCCUGGCUGUCGCCGCGUUGUUGUUCCACAUACCGUCGUCGAUUUGGCGAAUGUUAUCCAAUCAAAGUGGUCUCAAUGCUAGUUUGGUCUUGCAAUUGGCCUGUCAAGAACAGAAUGUCGAUCCGUUGGUGCGAAAUAAAACUAUUGACAUUUUAGCUAGACAUAUUGACGAUGCACUAAUGUAUCAAAGAGAACAUGGUGCCACCAAGAAGAACAUCUACAUUUUUGCUGUAAUUAGAAUAGGAAAGUUUUAUGGUGCGUAUGUCGCCACAGUCUACGUAUUUAUCAAGACGUUGCACUUGUGCAAUGUGAUUCUACAGUUCCUGCUACUGAACUCCUUUCUUGAAACGGCCGAUUAUCCGCUGUUUGGUGCUCACGUGCUCUACGAUCUGUUACUAGUAAGAAGUUCCAUUCAUUUGCUUCUUAACUCUUACUACACUGUAGAGGACCUAUGGAGAAAUCUGCCCAGAUGGAAGAUGAAUGUCACAGUUUGCAGUGAAUAUCUUUUUUUAUGA